AUGGACGCUUUCGACGCCGUCAAUUCACUAGAAAAGAUCCAACCUAACAUCUCCCAUAAUCAAAAGAACCUUCAUUUCUGCGAAUCGCAUUCCACUUCACUAACUUCAACAUCAAAUUCAGCGGGAGAAGAAAGAACCUCAAAGCGGCAGAGACUGAUUUGGACGCCGCACCUUCACAAAGCAUUCGUAGAUGCGGUUGAUUCCGUCGGCCUUCACAAUGCGACUCCGAGGGAAAUCAUGAAGCUAAUGAAUGUUGAUGGGUUGAACUUGACUCGGGCUAGUGUGACAGCCCAUUUGUCGACAUACAGGUUUUAUUUGCGACGAAAAGACGAACUUUCGUGGGUUUUAUCAGGAAAAGGGGAUGAGACUUCAAAUGCUCUCCAACUGUUCGAUGAAAGGCCUCAAGGUUUGGUUGGAGAAGGCAAGUCUGCGGGUGCCCACCAAGUGUUUGAUAAAUUGUCUGAAAGAAAUGGAGUCACAGAGUCGGAGAUUAGGCACAUUGAUCUGAAUAACGUUGGGGAGAUGGAAGAGGUGGCGCGUUUGAUUGACGAGUUGCCUGCCUUGCCUGCCCUACCAUUUGAUGGGGAUAUGGUUGAUCAUGUGUUGCUUUAG